AAGCUUCGAUAAUAAAAGUGUUUUUAAAAUUUUUAAAAGUGAUUAAUUGACAAUUUAUCUGACAACUGAUAAUUGUGACAAUUUUUGCCAGAGGAUUCAACUGAGCAGAGCAGCACAUUUUUUUACAGAGCAGCUGAACAGAGAAACGGCCAUCACUGUUGCGCGAGUGCGAGCAAAAUGGAGCUAUGGAAGAAAGCGCAUGCCCUGCAAAGUCGCCAGCAUUUGCUUGCAGGAUCCAGAAUAGAUUAGUAAUGUCUUCUGUGGCGGAGGCGCAGGCGCCUUGGAGUUGACGUGUGAAGGCUUCUUGGCGGGCGUAACCACUCUCGAACUUCGGCUGAUAGCAUGAAUCCGAAACCUGCAUAACAAGUGUACUGUGUGUGAUAAUAGUUUGAAGUAAUAGUGAAAAUAAAAAUUUUAUUAAACGUUUUAUGGAUUCUAUUUUUGACGGCCACACAAUAGAUCGCAGAGUCGGCGCGCGUUAUUGCCAGUAGAGUCUUCCAGUUCGGAGCGCUUGAAGGUGUCACCCUCACACAAGAUCCCUCUUCUCCCAAGCAUGGAGUAAGGAAGACGUUUUCGUGCGAGUUAUCUCCCAUCUGCUUGGCCAGCCAUCUUAGGCGUUUUUUCUUCGGAACGUUGAAUCCAAUGCUUCAAGCUGUUCGGCGACGUGGAAAGAGUUCUCCAUCCCUUCGAGUUGUCUAGCAGACUCUCGAGAGUGUUUCCUGGGUCGAGUCUGGCAACUUUUCACCAAGCCACCGGAGCGGGUUCUUCCGCCGGGGUGACGUGGUGGUCGAUGAUGAACGGCGGCAUCUACGAGGAGAGCCCGCCGCCGGCGCCGCAGAGCGCCGCGACGCCCAUCUCCUCCAGCGGCAUGACCAGCCCGGCGGCGGCGCCGCCGCCCGCCACCACCUCCAGCGGCUCGCCGGCCAGCGUGGCCUCCAACGCCUCGGCGCCGCUGCACAUCCCCGCCAAGCGCGCCGCCUACGACUGCGAGGGGGUCAUCCGCCACCACGGCCAGUGGAACUACUCCCCCGACAACCACUUCGAGCAGUACCCCAACCCCACCUACUACAACCUCGCCGACCCAGCGCGCGACUCCCGCAAGGGCCUGUUCUGGUCGCCGGCCGCCACCGCCGCCGCCACCGCCACCGAAUACAAGUACUCGGCGGCGGCGCCGGGGCCCAGCGACCCCUCCGUCUCCUCCUGCCACCAGGGGUUCUCCUCGUCCACCUGGUGCAACUACUCGGCCUACUCCUCCGCCUCCAGGCACCACGUGGACCACCAGCCCGUCCCCUAUCUCACCCCGGCCGACGACCGGGGGAGGGUCGCUGCCGCCGCCGCCAUGGUGGCCGAAACCGCCAGCUUCCACCACGACGCCGCCGGUUACGGACUCAGAAACUACGGACCGGAACCUGUUCCAUCCACGCCGUACCCUCCACCAGUGAUGUGGGGAUCAUCCCCCUCGUCUCUCUUUUCCUCAGGUUCGCUGGGCUCGAUGGGUGUGAGCGUGCCGUGUGGGACGAGCGGCAACCCAUUGGAAUGGACAGGUCAGGUGACGGUGCGGAAGAAACGCAAGCCGUACUCGAAGUUCCAGACCCUGGAGUUGGAGAAGGAGUUCCUGUUCAACGCCUACGUGUCGAAGCAGAAGCGGUGGGAGCUGGCGCGGAAUUUGAAUCUGACGGAGCGGCAGGUGAAGAUCUGGUUCCAGAACCGGCGGAUGAAGAACAAGAAGAACUCGCAGCGGCAGGCGGCGCAGCAGCAGAACAACAACAACGCCGCCACCAACAACCAGAACCACCACCACCACGCCGGCCACCACAUACACGCGCAGCACCACGUGGUGAACCACCACGUGGCCGCCAACGGCAGUCUCAAGCACCACCAGUGACCUAUGGCCUUUUCCGGGGUUGUGUUGGGCCACGGGCUGGCCGCGGCGCCCUAAGACUGAUAAGGGGUGCAACCCUGGAACGAACGCUUCUUUGCAGUGCCAAAGAGUUAUUUAGGAAAUAAUCAUAGGUAUGUGACGGACUUGUGGACUUUUCUUUUCGAAUUAGGGCCUGUGCAAAUUUUUUGGUGCGAAGCACUUGAGGUACCGUAUUAUUGUACGUGAUGUAAGACUUCUUGUACAUAAAAUGUCGACUGUCGUUGUCAUAGAUUGUAAUUCGUUGGUAAUUCUUAAAAACAAAAUGUAAUCAAUGUUGCCUGUAGUUCAAUGUGUAUAGUAAAUUAUUGCAGGUAUAGAAAUUGCUAACUUUACCAGCCAUACUUUCCCUCAUGUGUUACUUAAGUUUUAUCUGCCCACACUUUAUGUAUAUAAUUAAAAAUACUAUUUAGGUACCUGUAAAUCUGUGGCUUGUUGUAUACGGUUGAUGCAAAAAUUUUUAUUUUUCGUUGACAGUUUUUUAGUUGAUCUAAAUAUAUUGCUUGGUGUAAUGUCACUUACUACUGUAAUAUAUUUUGAAAAAAAAACUUCUCUAGAAAUCCGAAUUUUAUUAAUAUUAACUAUUAAAACAUGUACUAACUGACCUAAGAAAUAGGUUUUCUUCGUCGCGUGUCUGUAUCAAAACAUAAAGGAAUUUUUAUUAUUCCACUAGCUAAAAAAAGAAAAAUGUGUAUAUACCUACUCUUCGACUUGAAAAAUGUUAUUUCUAAUAGAAAAAGUAUGUAUUUUAUUUUUAUUAUCGACACAUUUUUUUAGAGUAAGUGAACGCAGUUUCGUGUUCAUUUCCACCGCCAGUCUUUGCAGUUUUUAAAGUGAUCUCAGGCUGGCCGUACUGUUAUGCUUAGUUAUUUCAAAAAAUUAUUUAUUGAUGACGUUUUGCAAUUAGACUUUUAAAUUUAUGUAAUUUUUUUCUACCUAAAUGUUUUGUAUUUUUACUUGUUGUGUUCAAAAUACAUAUUGUUGUGUUUAUGUAUGUAUAUGUAUACACAUAAAUAUUAUUAAGUAUCCCUUAAAUGUGUUUUAUAAACAUCCAUUUAUGUUUUGUUUUAUAUUGUACAAUGUAAGUUACUCUAUUAAUAAAAAGUUCAAUUAU